UCAAAAUGUGUGACGAUGAAGUAGCUGCCCUGGUCGUUGACAAUGGCUCCGGCAUGUGCAAAGCUGGAUUCGCCGGAGACGAUGCUCCCAGAGCUGUUUUCCCAUCCAUCGUUGGCCGUCCCCGUCAUCAGGGAGUCAUGGUCGGUAUGGGACAGAAGGACUCAUAUGUUGGAGAUGAAGCUCAGAGCAAGAGAGGUAUCCUCACCCUGAAGUACCCUAUUGAGCACGGUAUCGUCACCAACUGGGAUGAUAUGGAGAAGAUCUGGCAUCAUACCUUCUACAACGAGCUCCGUGUCGCCCCUGAGGAGCACCCCGUCCUCCUGACUGAGGCCCCCCUCAACCCCAAGGCCAACAGGGAGAAGAUGACCCAGAUCAUGUUCGAGACCUUCAAUACCCCCGCUAUGUACGUCGCUAUCCAGGCCGUUCUCUCCCUCUACGCCUCUGGACGUACCACUGGUAUCGUUCUUGAUUCUGGAGAUGGUGUUUCUCACACUGUCCCCAUCUAUGAAGGAUAUGCUCUGCCUCACGCUAUUCUCCGUCUUGACUUGGCUGGACGUGACCUGACAGACUACCUCAUGAAGAUCUUGACCGAGAGAGGAUACUCUUUCACUACCACCGCCGAGAGAGAAAUCGUCAGGGACAUCAAGGAGAAGCUUUGCUACGUCGCCUUGGACUUCGAGCAGGAGAUGGCCACCGCUGCUAGCAGCUCUUCUCUCGAGAAGUCCUAUGAGCUUCCCGACGGUCAGGUUAUCACAAUCGGUAAUGAAAGGUUCAGAUGCCCUGAGGCUCUUUUCCAGCCUUCCUUCCUUGGUAUGGAGUCCUGUGGUAUCCACGAGACCACCUACAACUCCAUCAUGAAGUGCGAUGUUGAUAUCCGUAAGGACCUGUACGCCAACACUGUCCUGUCCGGAGGAACCACCAUGUACCCCGGUAUCGCCGACAGGAUGCAGAAGGAGAUCACCGCCCUGGCCCCCAGCACAAUGAAGAUUAAGAUUAUUGCUCCUCCAGAAAGGAAGUACUCCGUCUGGAUCGGAGGAUCCAUCCUGGCCUCCCUCUCCACCUUCCAACAGAUGUGGAUCUCUAAGCAGGAGUACGACGAGUCCGGACCUUCCAUUGUCCACAGGAAGUGCUUCUAAAUCACAAUUUCUCUAAAGACAUAAAAUUAAUUAUUUGAAACAAGAUUAAUUUUCUUCCAAAUCUGUUGUACACAUGGUCUGUGAUCUCAGGGGGUCAUGGCUCUCUGCAUAGUUUAGCUUUUAUAUAAUAUUUAUGUACAUGUAUCUUGAAAAAACGUAAAUACAUAAUUGUAGCUUAAUAUGA